AUACCAAUUCAAUGGGUGAACAUAAAUUUUAUCUAUAUUCCUUUCUGUUGUCGUUAUGAGAGACCAAUCAUGGUAAAACGGCCCCACUUUGGUAUCCUUUUGGUGACCUCACUGUAUAUUACAGGAUGUACUUGUUUUCUUGUUGACAAUCUGCGUCGGCCUCCUUCAGAAGGAUGCAAGUCUAAGAUGGACAUCGUGUUCCUUUUGGACUCAUCCAGCAGUGAAGGGCCCGCCAACUUUAAGAAGCAGGUCCAAUUUGUGGAAAACUUCGUCAACCAGUUCAACGUCGGACCAGACGCCGCCCAAUUCAGCGUUGUCACGUUUUCAACAACAGUCCACAACGAGUUUUUCCUGAAUACCUACUCAACUGUAUCGGGCGUGGUGCACGGUAUCCAUAAGGUCAUCUACCAUACGGGGCAAACUUAUACGGACAAGGCUCUCAAUCAUGCACACAGAGUCUCUUUUAAGCCCCAGCAUGGUGGGAGACCAGACGCCGAGAAAAUUGUCAUCGUGCUCACCGACGGCAAUUCAGCGGACCGUACAAACACCCGCAUACAAGCUAAGGCUUUGAAUGCCUCUGGGGUGGAGGUUAUUGCUGUUGGAAUUGGUAGCUCCGUGUCCAACACUGAAUUGAACGCCAUUGCCAGCGAUUCGAGCCACGUAUUUAAGGUCCAAGACUUCGAUAUUCUAAAUUCUAUCCAAAAUCUUCUCACUAACGUGACUUGUCAUCAGGCAGAUUUACUCUGCAUCGACAAGGUUGACAACUGCUUUCAAUUCCCCUCCACGUACUGUUUUGCGCCAUAUGAAGCAUGGGCUAAGACAAACUGCCCUCAUUUUUGUGGAUACUGUAACGGAGGCUCACCGACUCCUCCUAAAACUAGUCCAACAACUCCAACAACAACAAAGUUAACAACUACAAAGCCCCCUACAACAACUACAAAAUUAACAACAACAAGGCCGCCUACAACAACGACAACAUUAACAACAACAACAGCAACAAUACCAACUACAUUGACAACAUCGGGGUCUCCUAACACAACCGUCUGUCCGACGUGUGAUGAAAAUCUUACCUGUGUUUGGGACCAGAGAUGUGGACUCGAUGAAGUCUGCAUGGUCCGGUCUGUGUCGGGGAGACAAUUCAGCACGCACUGUAUACGGAAAGACGAUUGCGAGAUAAUGAAGGAUUUUGUUCAAAGCAAUGGGGAAAUCUUUUGCUGUCACGACAGAGCAUGCUUAAAGACGUACCUUGGAAUUUGACGAUUUACAUGAUCAUUUUGCAUUAAAGUUGUUUUUCUUUCAA